AUGUCAUCCGUAUCACAAGCAUCUUCCACCUAUUUACUUUCAAAUUCAAAAUUUGUAGAUGCAUACAACAACAGACAUUUAAUAAAUUCCAUUCAAAAUUCAGAUAUAGCUGAAUCAAAAUCAAAAACCUCAUUCAACCAAGGGAGGCUUUAUGAUCCAUUUGAAGGUAUUGUAUCAAAAGACAAUCACCAUCCUUGCACCUCAAACUCAAUUGACUCCGCUUCGUCUAGUCUCAUUCAAAACAAGUUAAAGAAAUUAAACUCAUUAGACUCCUAUGAAGUGAAGGCCGAUGAUCUAAAGUUUAAAUAUAAACAACAUUUGAUUGAAUUUUUAAAUUACAUUAUUGGUAAAUAUAAGGAAUUUGAACAUAAUUUAAAACUAAAUGGAUUUAUAUGGAAUGAAUCAUUUGAAAAAAACUUGGUAUUUUUAAAUUUGAUUAAAUUGGGUAAUGGCUAUAAAAAUAUGAUAAUGAAUUUGUUACAACAUUUGAAUUCGUUGAGUACUUUUGUUGAUAAAAAUUUGUUAAGUUGUAAUAUUUUCCAGUUGGUAUAUAACUCACAAUUGGAUCAAUUCAGAUUUGGUAAGAUUAUUAAUGAAUCCUUGUUUACUGAUGAAUUCAAAUUCAAUUUAUUAAGUUAUUAUUACAAACUAAAUUUUAUUUUAAGUCAAGAUUUGAAUAAUGAUCAAAAAUGGUGUUCAAUUCCCAUCGAAAUUUGGUUCAAAUUGCCUUCAUUUAUAAAACUAAUUCAUGAUGAUGUUAAACUAUUAUAUAGUUCCCAUUUUCAAGACUUACAAAUAUGUUUAGUCAAGUUAAAUUCAAUAAGUUCAAAAUUCAAGGUUGUUGAUAAUUUGAAAAAUAAGAACCCCAUAAUUAGUUGGACAGACUUAAGACAAAUUGACCAUUCAUUAAAGAUGAAAUUUCCGGAUUAUUGUGUUGAUAAAUAUAGUAUCAGCUAUUCCGAAAUUCCUGAUGAUUUUAAUCAAAAGCCAUUGAGCACCUCAAUUGAUAACAAGUUAGUUCACGUUAAUCAGCCGAAUCAAAACUUCAAAGAUAAAGACCACAAACAAUCAUCAUCUUCAAUCUCGAGAUCGACCUCACUCAAAAGAUCAUUGACUACCAUGGUGAAAAGGAGUUUUUCUUUGGGUGAUUUGAAAGGAAAAGUCAAAGACAAUUGUCAUGAGAAUAAUUCAUCACCAGAGCAACCACCCACCCGAAGCAAUUCUUUGAGACAAUUAUCAUUUUUCAAUAAAAAGGAAGUGACAGAACUGUUACCUAUUCAAGAUGGAGGGGAACUAAACUUAAAAUUGCAAAAAAGUCAAACACUUCAACAUCAAAUAAAUGUCUUGAGUCAAUUUCGCAGAAAAUUGAAUAGUUUAGGCCAACAAUUGAUUCAAUUUUUGAUUAUUCAAUUGAAAUAUGUGAAAUUAUGGGAAAAUAGUAGCGCUACAUAUCCAACAUCUGAGAAGACUCCUUAUAUUAAAUCGAUGUAUCAAUUAUUUACUGAAAAGUUACAGAACCAAAUUCAAUUUACUAAGGAUACUGUAGUUCCACUCAUAGAUCAGAAGUUGAUUUGUCCAAUAGACGAGUGUUUAGAGAUCGCAGAAAGUGGUAACAUUGAUGUAAUGCACUUGAAUCAAUUUAUUGAAUUGAUUGUUAAACAAUACAAUCAAUUGUACUGUGACUGGCUAGAAGGUAUAAUAGGGUCUAGUUCAAUAAAGGAGUAUGAAAGGUUAUACCAUGAACUGAAAAGUUUAAGUGGAUCAAAACCCAAGGGUGAUGACAUUAUUUUAUAUUAUAAUCAAUUGUUAGAAUUAAAAAAUUUAAUGUCAUAG